GGAGAGGUUGGUGGAAACUGGGUGGAAAUGAGCCCAUGCUGCAAGUAAUUCCUGGUGACCACUUGACAGCGCAUAGAGGCCCGCACGCGCACGCACACGUCGCUGCAUAGCGAUUGGGCUGUAAUAUAUCCCGAACGGGUCUCCAGGUCUCCUCGACACGCAUAAUGACGAUAUCUAGCUCGGCCGACUUUAUCGGCGUUGCUUGCAACCGAGUCAGUCAAGCAACAGACUGCAACCUCGACGGCCUGGUGGCUUUUGCGGCGGGACGCUUUGUUGCUUUAUAUCGUCCUCAGGAUCCAGCACGACGGGGGGUGAAGACGACGUUGGUGGGACAUAAAGACAGAGUGAACUGUUUACGGUUCUUGCGACGAGGCACCGGCGCGGAGCAGAGAGACGUGGGAUUGGUGACGGGUUCAGCAGACAACACACUUCGUAUCUGGAAGCAAAGGGAUGGAGACGAGUCGUGGAGUUGCACAGCUGUUCUAAAGGGUCACACGGCGGGCGUGUCAUGUCUGGGAGUGUCCCGAGGCCGUAACAUCCCUGGCGAGACCGACCUGGUCGCCUCAGCAGCCUCAGAUGGCACCAUAAGGAUAUGGGAACGCCGAGAGAACGGGGCUGAAGACACCACGGAAUGCGUGCAGAUCAUCAACGUUGGAUCUCGAUAUCCGAUGGCUUUGGCUUUGGGAGUGCUCCCUGGGUCGGAUGAACCAGUGCUUGUAACCGGGAGGACGGAUAGCAAGUUGAGCGUCUAUACUCGUCGCGAUGGAAACUUUGUGGAAAGUCUGGUUCUCCAGGGCCAUUCGGAUUGGGUGCGAUCCCUCGAGAUCGCAACGUACACGGCGAGCUCCGGAACCAACGAGCAGUCGAAACACUUCAAGGACGGCGACUUGAUAAUCGCUAGUUCCUCGCAAGACCGAUACAUUCGUACCUGGAAGAUAUCGCAAACUUCUUUGGAUGCGGCGAAUCCCGUGGCGGAUGACUUCACGUCACUGAUGAUGAGCGCUUUGGCGGAAGCGGGAUUAGACGAAGGAGACAUGCAACUGAGUACUAAAGCGCAUAUCAUGGACCUGGACACGCCAGCUGGGAAACAGAAGUAUGCCGUCAUGUUCGAUGCGCUUCUGAUGGCCCAUGACGACUGGGUACAUAGUGCUUGGUGGCAACUACCUACAAUAAAGGAUGGCACAUAUCACCAGCCCAUGACCCUCAUAUCAGCUUCCGCGGAUAAGUCGAUCAUGAUAUGGCGUCCUGACCCGGCGACUGACACCUGGGUGAACCAGGUGCGAUUGGGGGAGAUUGGAGGAAGCACGUUGGGCUUCUACGGUGCUCUCAUAAGCCCGCAGGGCACGACUGUCAUUGCCAAUGGCUACAACGGCGCUCUGAACGUCUGGUCAGAAACGAGCAAAGAUGAAUGGUCGCCGCAGGUGGGAAUCAGUGGCCAUAAAGCACCCGUUGAAGACCUCCAAUGGGAUCCAUCGGGUCAGUUCAUCGUCAGCACCAGUCUCGACCAGACGUCGCGGCUAUUGGCACCUUGGAGGCGAGGAGAUCUGACAACAUGGCAUGAGAUCGCUCGUCCGCAAAUUCACGGAUACGACAUGCACUGCUUAGCAUUUUUCCACAAGUACGGUUUUGUCAGUGGAGCCGACGAGAAGAUUUUGCGAGUAUUCGAGGCUCCAAGGACAUUCGUGAGGUCUCUGGAACAGCUGACCCAGGAGCGAGAAUCGGACGAAGUGAUGGAGCAGCGGCCACUCGGUGCCAGCGUACCUGCUCUUGGAUUGUCCAAUAAGGCCGUCUUUGAGGGUGAUGUGGCCGGCGCACCAAACACGCACGACUUUCGAAAUCUGUCUGCAUACACCGCUGUCGCGAGUACCUCAACAUCAUUCACGGCUACAAUGGCGCAACCACCGUUUGAACAGCAUCUGCUGCAGCACACGUUGUGGCCUGAAAUAAAUAAACUUUACGGACAUGGAUAUGAGAUUGUGAGCGUGGCAGCAAGUCACAAUGGAGCAUACGUUGCUUCAGCUUGCAAGGCCGCCAAACCAGAGCACGCCUCCGUUCGAUUAUGGUCGACGAAGACGUGGAAAGAACUGUGUCCACCGCUAGCAGCACACACCCUGACAGUCACCGGAAUCCGAUUCUCGCCGGACGACCGUCGUAUCCUGACUGUGGGACGCGAUCGUGGAUGGGCCUUAUUCGACAUAAAUGAGGAUGCAGGCACAUUCACCUUGCUGGAAAACAACACCAAAGCACAUUCCCGUAUUAUCUGGGACGGUACCUGGACUCACGAUGGGAAGUAUUUCGCCACCGGAUCCCGUGACAAGACUGUCAAGAUCUGGCACGGCGGGGAGGACGAGAGGUCAUGGAAGUGUGUGGAAACUCUGAAGUUUCCAGAAGCUGUUACCGCUAUCGACUUUGCGCCUUACUUUGUUCAUGGACGGUAUGUGCUCGCCAUCGGCUUGGAAGAUGGACGAGUGCAGAUCGUACAAAUUUCAAUCAAUAAUGGCACACUGACGCAGACGGAUGCCCAAGACCUCUCGGAUGUACAUGUUUCGAUUGUGAAUGCGGUGAAAUGGCAGCCGAUGAAAUCGCCCGCUGAUAACAGUGCCAAAGAAGUAUCACUAAAGCUUGCAACGUGCGGAGACGACUGUUCCGUCCGGAUUUUUGCUGUCACUUUCACCUUAUAAUCGGCGUUGUUGCGUAGAGUUCGUAGCGCGCAGAGAAAUAGAAACCUUGGAAUUCUCGAAU